AUGAAGUUCUUUUUCCCUGGUUGGAAGUUGUCUUGGCCCGCCUGGGUCCCCGACUGGCUUCGGCUGUUUCCGUGGGUGUCCUUUUGCUCCAUUUUGGUGGGCAUCGCUGGCUUCAUAGCCAACAUCAUUCUCCGGGCCAAGGCCGUAGGCCACCCGGUCGCGGAAUGGCCGUACCCUCUUGAACCCCAAAUGCUCGUCUCCGGCAUCAGCAUGAUCAGCGUCGCCUCUCUCACCUUUGGGUUCAAAAAUGGGGGUAUUAUUGGCUUCUGGGUUCGCGCACGGAGAGGAAUGAGUUUGAGCGAAGUUCAUUAUGUUCGAGAAAGCACGACGAGCAUGGCUGAAGCCAUGAAGGCUGUGAAGCGCGGAAAGGCCCUAUGGGUCGCAUGGAUGUCUAUAAUCUUUUGUGUGGUGGCAUGCGGCAAUGCUUGGUUCUGGAGUCACUCGAUGUACCAGGGAGAUGUCACGAUUCGUAACAACGGGACGUUAGAUGUGCAUAUCACUCCCGACAUCAUGUCUUUUCAUAUUUACAUCCUAUCUUUUCAUGUUUACAUCAUGUCUUUUCAUGUGGCCAAACAUCUUUCUCAAUCUACCUCCUGCCGCGCAUCAUGGUCUUGGAUGAGGAAAGAGGCUAACAUAUUUUGCAGCGAGUACUUCCCCUUGUUCAGCCAGUCGAGGUUUUCUUACGAGUUUUUCCCAAACCUUUUCUUCUUGCCCCUCGAGCCGCGUCCGUUCCACGUCGUACAACACGACGUACGUCUAGAGAUUCUGACAAAGAUGGUGCGAGACCUCUAUAACACAAAAUUUGGCACAAUUCAUCGCCAAUGGCACUGGCGGUUUAGUGACGAUGUUAUCGACAUGGGUUCAAGCUAUCGAAGCCAUAUCGCCGCUGGGUACGCUAUCAAACCUGAAAUACAGAAACAAGGCGUGCUCCCAUGCAGAAUGAGUUUUCUGUCUCCGAUGACCGACAUCAUCGAAACAUACCAGGAACUGGCCCUGAGGAUUUCGGUCUUGGCGGCGGUCGACACGGGGAAAACCCAACCUGUGCAGUACUGGAGCGAAAAAGCUCAGCGGCAGUGGCUCGAUGAAAGGGCACAAUUUUGUUUCUUGAUGGCCCUAGUCACCAGUGCUUCCGCAAUCUUCAUUGUUAUUUUGACUCAUUGGGGCUUCUGGGAGCUCCCAAGGGGUUUCACAAUGAGCCCCAUCGAGCUGCUUAAUUCCGUCGCUCAUCGCCCUAACAGCCCCCAAAACAUCCUCGGGGUCUUGGCAAAAGCCAAGGACGAUGCUUCGGCCUGGAAAUUGAAGAAGUUUGCCUACGAAUGGGACGAAAUAAACGAGAAGCUGUUUAUUUAUAGAAAGGGACGGGACGAAAAAUGGGGAUUUGAAGUUCAGAUGGAAGAACACGAGCUAGAGGAGCAGCUCUAA